AGGAAAAAUAUUAUUAACCUAACAACCCUUAUGAGAAUCGUCCCAAAGACGACAGAGAACUACGAAGCGGAGCUUGUGGAGCUAAGCUCAGCCAUUGCCGUCUCCACCGUGACUAAGAGAAGAAAAGAAGAUGAAGAGUGGUUCAAACGAUCAGAAAAUACCAUCAAUGGUUACGAUAUUGACGAAGGCAAUGCUAAGGUUGUCUGUAUAACGGACGGUCUCACAUUGCUCGGCCGAGCCAUUACACAACGUCUCUUGCUUCAUGGCUACACCGUCCGCAUCAUCGUCAAUGGCCCAGAUGACCUUGAGAGACUGAGGGUGGUGAGGGAUGAAACGGCUACGUUUCAGGGGAGAAUCGAAGCAGUGACGGCGAAGUUAACGGAAACAGAGAGUCUAGUCUAUGCGUUUGACGGGUGUGACGGCGUUUUCCACACUUCCGGCUUCAUAGAUCCUUCCGGCGUCUCUGGCUACUCUAAAUAUAUGGCUGAGAUAGAAGCCAAGGUUAGUGAGAAGGUGAUGAACGCGUGUUCGAUAACGCAAUCGGUGAGGAGAUGCCUCAUGACUUCUUCUUUAUUAGCUUGCCUGUGGCAAAACGGCACGCAGUUCGUCUCCCCUUCUGUGAUUGAUCACUCUAGCUGGAGCGACGAGUCUCUCUGCCACGACAAAAAGCUGUGGUAUGCAUUAGGAAAGCUCAAAGCAGAGAAAAUUGCAUGGAAAAUAGCAGAAAAUAAAGGAUUCAAACUCUCAACAAUAUGUGCUGCUCUCAUCACUGCCCCUAACUUACUUCACCACCAUCCUACUCCUACAAUUGCUUAUCUCAAAGGAGCCGAUGAGAUGUAUGAAAACGGGGUACUAGCCACAGUGGAUGUACACACGCUUGCAAAAGCGCACGUGCAAGUAUACGAAGAAAUGAAUAAAGCCGCGUUUGGCAGGUACCUUUGUUUCGAUAAGGUGAUAACGAGAGAAUACGAAGCAGAAAAAUUAGCAAACGAAACAAGGGUUGAUCUAGACAAGAUUCGAGGCGACAACUACUUCUACUGCUACAGGGACACCGUUUAUUUUGUCGAACAGAAGACUGUCUUCUCUAAAGUACAGAUCAUCGAUCACCUGUCUUGAUUAAGACAUGACGUACUAGUAAUUCUUUGUUUAUUUUUAGCACGUACAAGUCACCGAAUCUUGAUCAAUUUAAGAGAAUCGAACAGAAUUUUAUACAAUCCUUGAAGUCGAUAAUUGGAACAGUAGGGGCACGUAAUGU